UCACACUCUCUCUGCACGUGAACCACUCCACUCUACGCUCUCACUCUCUCUCUCGUCGCCGUCACUCCCCCUAAACCCCAGCCAGAAAUUCCGUAGAGCGAAGCGCAGGGCAAGAAGGCCAGUGGAGUGGCGAUAGCAGCAGCAGCAGCCAGUCGAACAGCGCCUAUCUUGUCUCUUCCUCCGCCGCCCGCCUCCUUUUUAAUCUCUCUCCCCGCAAGAAAAGCUCGGAUUCUUGGUGGUUUCCCCCUCCUCGAUCUGAGACUCUGCCUUGCUUUUGUCCUCCCCCAAAUGCCCGCCUCCCGCUCCCACUGAACCGAAUCCCGCCGCCGGUACAACCUUCCCCGCCGCUUCUUGGCUACGCGCUGUCGGGAACUGGGGGUUAUCCAAUGGGUGCCAGGGCGAGGGCCGUCUCGGCGCUGCUGGUGGCCACGCUCCUCCUCGGCGCCUUCGCCCCUCCCGCCGACGCGUCGUCGUACCCCCAAAAGGUGGUGACCGGGUUCCUCUCCAAUGCGGCGUCGGCGGUGAUGAAGCGGCUCUGGUCGCUCAAAUCCACGGCCAAGACAGCGAGCGGAGCCAAGUCGAUGGUGAAGUACGAGGGCGGGUACACCGUGGAGACGGUCUUCGACGGCAGCAAGCUGGGGAUCGAGCCCUACGCCGUGGAGGUCACCCAGGGCGGCGAGCUGCUCGUCAUGGACUCCAUGAACAGCAACAUCUACAGGAUCGCGCUCCCGCUGUCCCGAUAUAGCAGACCCAAGCUUGUUGCUGGUUCACCAGAAGGAAUUCCUGGUCAUAUUGAUGGGAGGCUGCGAGAGGCGAAGAUGAACCAUCCAAAGGGAUUUACGGUGGACGGAAGGGGUAACAUUUACGUGGCUGAUGCUAUGAACAUGGCUGUUAGAAAGAUCAGUGAUACAGGGGUUACAACGAUUGCUGGAGGGAAAUCAAGCAGAGGAGGGCAUGUUGAUGGACAAAGUGGCGAUGCAAAAUUUUCUACUGAUUUUGAAGUCCGUUACAUUGCCAGUAGUUGCUCCCUUCUGGUGAUUGACAGAGGAAACCAAGCUAUUCGAGAGAUUCCGCUCAACUUUGAUGACUGUGUGUAUCAGUAUGAAGCUGGUGUUCCUCUAGGAGUAGCUCUUCUUCUUGCUGCUGCUUUCUUCGGCUACAUGCUUGCAUUGCUCCAACGCAGGGUUUUGGGGAUGGUAUCAACAGAAGAUGAACCCCAGAUUCAACCAAAAGCCAGCAUCGCAAGCAUCCCUCCGUACCAGAUUCAGAAGCCACUAAAGCCUUCCCUUCGACCCCCGCUAAUCCCAACAGAGGAAGAAUCCGAGAAGCAAGAAGCUGAAGAGGGGUUCUUCACCUCAAUCGGCAAGCUGAUCGGAGGAGCCAAAUCAUCCAUCGUGGAGAUCGUCGGUGCAGCAUUUUCCAGGAAGAAGCGUGUCAACAUGCACCAUUACCAGCAGGGCAGAGCAAGCUCCUGGCCAGUACAAGAGAGCUACGCCAUCCCGCGCGAUGAGACACCUCCAGCGCUGGACUCAAGGACGCCGACCCCUCGCAAGAACUACGCGUUCAUGUCGAAGGAGCCAGAGAAGAUCCACCGCAUCCGGCAAGACGGCCGGGCUACCCAAUACAGCGGCUGGAAUGGAGAAUCACCUCAGCAGCAGCAGGUGCACCACCAGCAGUACCUGCAGCACAACAGGCAGUACUCCCUUGGACCACAGACCUUCUAUGAGCCGAGCUGCGAGGCGACCAACGAGAUCGUGUUUGGGGCUGUGCAGCAGGAGGGGGAUGGUGCUCGCCGCGCCAGCUUCAGUGAUGCGGUCUAUGAGCAGAAUGGGCUGCGGUACCGCAGCGGUUACAUGGGGUGAGAACCACAACGGUGUCCGGUAGAGGAUCGGGUGCUCUUUUUUUGCCAGCUACAUGAUUAGAUUUACUGCUGUUCUGCCGCCCAUGUUGUACUCCAUGUCUACAUGUAAGGUUAUGACAAGUGAAAGACUGAAGAGAGGAAGAGAAAUGUAGUACCUGUUCUCCGGGUUGAACCGUUGAUGGAAAAGCUGGGUUUUUGCUAGAAGAAUAUCGUGAACUUUGACUAGUAAUAUAUAUACUAAGAGAUAGAUUAUGUAUGUAUGUAAAUGAAUUCUGGUUUGAUGUGUUGGUCCUGAA